UGGAAUACUGCAGGUAACUUGGAAUACUUCGAUAUCUAAAUAUAUAUAAACGCCAUCUGUGUUUUUAUGCCGUAAACAUAACGUCAAACGAUACACGAAGCCAUACAGCAUUAAAAACAGGACGCCAUCUUGACAUUCCGGCUACCAGCCCCCAGCGAACGAGACACCUGCCUUGAAAACUUUUUCGGUAAGAAUGCAAUCAGUGGUAAUCAUUUGCUGUAAUACUCUAAAACUAUUGUAAUUAUUUUAAAUGCUGAGUGACCUUGUUAGUUUAAGAUAUUACUAUGAUUUUGUGAAUAUUUCUAGAAUUAAAAAUGUGACAUGCAAUUUUAAGUUAGGUUGGUGUGUUGUUAAUUUGGAAUACCGGGAGUGAACAUAAUUUGGAGUAUUCCAAAUUUUAUGCACAUUUUAUGAGUAGACAUUGAUUAUUCCCUUUUUUUAGAAAUGUCAGCAUCUCAAAAAUACAAGAAGAGAAAAAGGUGGGACAUGGAGGAAAUGAACGCUGCUAUUGUCGCUGUUAGAGAAAAGAGAAUGGGAUAUUUAAAGGCAGCUAAACAGUUUAACGUUCCCAGGUCAACACUUUUUCGAUUUGUAAAUGAUAAAGACUCUCCGAUUGAAUCAAUAACAAAUAAAGUUAUUGGUAGAAAGCCACUUUUUGGUCAAGAUAUUGAAAACCUGUUGGUGGAGUACGUAUUAACUAUGGAGAAUAAGUUUAAUGGGCUGACUAGAAUGGAUUUGCGCCGAUUGGCAUAUCAACUCGCUUUAAAAAAUAAUAUUAAAAACCCUUUUAGGGGUGGCUUUGCUGGGAGAUACUGGCUAGAAGGGUUUUUAAAACGACAUCAGGAAAUUUUGUCCAUUAGGCAGCCAACCGGAACUUCCCAAGCACGAGCUAAUGGAUUUACAAAAGAAAGAAUGGACGAAUUUUACGACAAUCUUGAAAAAGUCCAAGAUGAUAAGUCAUUCCCUGCUACACGCAUAUUUAACGUUGAUGGGAGUGGUCUUUCCGUAGUCCAAAGUAAAAUACCAAAAAUUAUAGCUCGAAAAGGCAAGAAACAAAUUGGGGCAAUGACGUCAGCCGAAAGAGGGUCCUUAAUAACUAUUGUAAUUUGUAUGAGCCCUGCAGGAAUAUUUGUUCCUCCCAUGAUAAUAUUCCCGCGUAAAAAUAUGUCUGAUGCUUUAAUGAGAGGAGCUCCAGUUGGUUCUAUAGGAAAAGCACAUCCAUCGGGGUGGAUACAAACCAACUUAUUUACGCAAUGGUUUCAACACUUCUUAGAUUACGUGAAACCUACAGUGGCAUCGCCAGUACUCUUGAUUCUCGAUGGACAUUACAGUCAUACCAAGAACAUAGAAUUGAUAGAUCUAGCAAGACAACAUUAUGUGACGAUCCUGUCACUACCACCUCAUUGUACGCAUAAAGUUCAACCGCUAGACCGCACUUUCAUGGGACCCUUAAAAUGCUCCUAUAGUGAAGAAGUUCGUGUGUUUCUCAGAAAAACUAAUAAACCCAUAACACCAUAUGAUAUUGUUGAGCUAUUCGGAAAAGCCUACAUCAAGUGCCAAACGACAGAAAUUGCCUCUAAUGGUUUCAGAGUUGGUGGCAUAUAUCCAUUUAAUCGAAAUAUAUUUACUCAAGCUGAUUACAUGGCCGCUGCUGCAGAUUUUCAAGAGGAACAAAACUGUCAAACUAUUUCAACGACGAUCGCCUCCCCCACGGUUGCCUCUUUGCCAUUGGAGAAUUUUGAUGACACACAGCCAGGACCGUCAGGUAGUAGAACAGAAAUGCACUCCCUUGUUACUCCCUCUCAUAUUUCUCCCGUGCCCAACAAAAUAAAAAAGAAUACUAUAAAUAGAGACCGUAAGCCAGCAAGAUCGGCAAUAAUCUCAAGUUCUCCUUAUAAAAAAGACCUUGAAAAUGCACAGUUAAAAAAGUCUGAUAAAGAAAACAGAUUACAUAAAGAAAAUAAUAAGGGAAAAAGCAAGAAAAAAAUAACAAAAAAGACAAAGAAAAAAAAUGUGACAGACAGUGACUCAUCAGAUCCCGAUCCUGGGGUUAUAUCUGGAAAUAACACAGACUCUUCCGACGGUGCAGCGACAAGAGAUGAGACUGCAGUCCCUACUGACGAAGAUGCCGAAUGUUUUUACUGUAACGGAAAAUAUAGCGAGGAUAAAAGGGGUGAAGAAUGGCUACAGUGCUUAAUGUGCGAAUUAUGGGUUCACGGUGCUUGUGGUGGUUAUGAAUCUGGUGUGUAUAUUUGUGAUUACUGCAAGAAUAGUAACUAAGAAGUUCAAACUAAACACGAUCUCUGAUUAUUGUAACUGAUUACUUAAUAAUUAGAUGUUAUUUUAGGUUUAAAAAGAUUGAUUACCUAGAGAGCUAAAGACUAUAAAACUAUUACAAAGAUUAGAAUUCUAUUCGUUUCUAAGAAAAAAUGUGAAUAUAAUUUAUCUGCACCCUAAGUCAAAUCACGUUUUUGGAGUAUUUUUAGUUUGAUAGGCAUUUUGAUAAAAUAUCUGGUAUUUGCUAUAUUUGAUUGUU